AUGACUGUCAAGUCAAAAAGGAGUGUUUCAUUCCCAGUUAAUAAAGAUGGGCGAGCUCGCUGGUUCCUUGGCAUAACAUUUCUUGGGAUUGGAUUGUGGGCAUGGAAUGAAAAGGGAGUGCUGUCCAAUAUCUCUUCCAUCACUGACCUGGGAGGCUUUGAUCCAGUUUGGCUCUUCCUAGUGGUAGGAGGAGUUAUGUUCAUUUUGGGAUUUGCAGGAUGCAUUGGAGCUUUGCGAGAGAAUACCUUUCUACUCAAGUUUUUUUCUGUGUUUCUUGGAAUUAUUUUCUUCUUGGAGCUCACUGCUGGUGUUCUAGCGUUUGUUUUCAAAGACUGGAUAAAGGACCAGCUGUAUUUCUUUAUAAACAACAACAUCAGAGCAUACCGAGAUGAUAUUGAUUUGCAAAACCUCAUAGACUUCACACAGGAAUAUUGGCAGUGCUGUGGGGCUUUUGGAGCUGAUGACUGGAACCUGAAUAUUUACUUCAAUUGCACAGAUUCCAACGCAAGUCGAGAGCGCUGUGGUGUGCCAUUCUCUUGCUGCACUAAAGACCCUGCCGAAGAUGUUAUUAAUACUCAGUGUGGCUACGAUGCAAGGCAAAAACCAGAAGUUGAUCAGCAGAUCGUUAUAUACACUAAAGGCUGUGUCCCUCAGUUUGAGAAAUGGUUGCAGGACAAUCUUACCAUAGUUGCUGGUAUAUUCAUUGGGAUAGCAUUACUGCAGAUAUUUGGGAUAUGCUUAGCCCAGAAUUUGGUUAGUGACAUUGAGGCUGUCAGAGCCAGCUGGUAAAACUGCUGAAGUAACCACAACAAGACACUGGACAACCGAAAUCCUCUGAAACCUGCAGUGUGUCGCUCCGACACCAAGCUGUAUGGACAUGGGUGACAGGGAAGCCUUCUCUCCCAAGUAGUCUCAAGUCCCAAGUUCCUGAUACUGCAGUGAACUCGUGUUUCUUUGGGGUGGGGGAGAGAAGAGUGGGCUAUUUAAAAUCUGCUGCUCACAAACAAUUUUUUU